CUAAAAGGUUUAUUAUUUCGGGAUCCCUGUGUUACCUCUCUGGGAAGCACUCGACAUUCGACUCUGUUCGAGGAAGCCGCCAAAAUGGCGCUUUUGCAGUGGCGGCGAUUCAACUUUUUYGACAAAGAGUUUCUGAAAGAUCASGAGACSAACCAGCCAUAUGAAAGAUUGAAGGGUAUUGAAGUCACGGCAUGUUCUAGUGGAAGAGGGCAAAUGAUCUUUGGAGACAAGAGUGGCAUGAUUCAUUUUGUCGACCGCGAUCUCAGACUGUCUUCUUUCAAAGCCUUUGAGAUCAAUGUAUCACAUUUAUAUCAGAUGAAACAGCAUAACAUUCUGGUAUCUAUUGGGGAAGAUGAAGUUGGGAUCAAUCCUCUGGUGAGAGUCUGGAAUCUAGAUAAGAUGGAUAAACUUGGAAACCCAAUUUGCUGCCAGAUGUUGAGAGCUAUUCCUGGAAACAAACCAGUUGAGGUUUCUUGUAUAGCUGUUUUGGAGAAUUUAACUCAGAUGGCGAUAGGAUUUGCAGAUGGCAGUGUUGUUGUCUACAGAGGAGAUGUCACAAGAGAUAGGCAUAGCAAGCAACGGAUUAUUCACCAAGACAGACAUCCAAUYACUGGUUUAUCAUACAAGCAAACAGCCACYAGUACUGUUCUGUUUGUUGUGACUUCUGAAUCAGUUCUGUCAUAUAAUGUAUCAGCUAAAGACCGCAAGGAAGUUCUUGAUACUCAAGGAUGUGCUAAAAAUUGCUCAGUAUUGAGUGAUGUCUCUCAAGAACAGCAGAUUAUUAUUGCCAGAAAUGAGGCAAUUUACUUUUACCAGACGGAUGGACGAGGACCAUGCCUUGCAUUUGAAGGUGACAAGAAGUUGAUAACAUGGCUGAGAGGAUACCUUGUUGUUGUUGGGGAAAAUUCCAAGUUACAAAGGCCACCKACAGGAAUAAGACCAGAGACUAAACCAGCCAACAUAGUUACUGUCUAUGAUAUCCAAAACAAAUUUAUUGCAUUUACUGGGUCAAUUUCUGAAGUAUUUGAUGUUCUCUGUGAAUGGGGAAAUCUUUAUGUUGUUACUACUGACAAUAAGAUUAUCCAGCUCCAAGAAAAGGACACCCAAACAAAGUUAGAGAUAUUGUUUAAGAAGAAUCUUUAUGGCAUGGCAAUAAGUCUUGCUAAGAGCCAGCACUAUUCAGAUGGUUUGAUUGAUAUAUUUACACAGUAUGGAGAUCAUCUCUACAGUUUCUGGAUGCUCAGAGGAUUCACAAUUUAACAGCGUAUUUACAGGCAUUACAUGAACAAGGACUAGCCAAUGCUGACCAUACAACACUGCUGUUGAAUUGCUACACGAAGUUAAAAGAUGUUUCAAAAUUGGAUGAAUUUUUCAUGGCAGAAAAAGAGCUAAAUUUCGACAUUGAAACAGCAAUAAAGGUGUGCCGACAAGCUGGUUACUUCAAACAUGCUGUGUAUUUGGCAAACAAAUUUGAGCAACAUGACUGGUAUCUAAAGAUUCAGUUGGAAGACUUGAAGGACUACAACAAAGCGUUGGAGUACAUCGGGAAACUUGACUUCUAUCAAGCUGAAGGAAACAUGAAAAACUAUGGCAAAAUACUGGUGAAUAACGUACCAGACGAAGCUACAACGUUACUGAAAAGACUUUGCACAGGUUUUAAUGAGAGGAAUAAAGCUAAGCCCGAGGAAUUCAUACACAUAUUUGUCCACAAAAAAGCGAAGCUCAUUGAAUUCUUGGAGCACAUGAUACAGGUUGACCCAAAGUCUUCAAGUUUAUUAUACAACACUUUAUUGGAUUUAUACCUCAACAAUGCAGCACAUGAAACUGAUAUACAGGGUAAAGUUGCUCAUGAACGUAAAGCCUUAGAUCUUUUAAUGAACACAGAGGCUGGCUACGACUUGGAUCAUGCGAUGGUUCUUGCUCAGAUGCAUCACUUUAAAGCUGGGAUUUUGUACCUUUAUGAGAAAGCCAAGUUAUAUCAACAGAUUCUUCAUUAUCAUAUGGAACAAAACGAUUACACCAACGUGAUCGACACUUGCAAGAAAUAUGGGGCGCAAGAUUCUGGUUUAUGGGUCCAAGCAUUGUCGUUUUUUGCACGAAAAGAGACUGAUUGUAAAGUACAAAUAGUAGAAGUCUUGUCUUAUAUCGACAGAGGCAAUUUAAUGUCACCACUUCUUGUGCUGCAAACGCUUGCGCAUAACUCUACAGCUACUUUAGCUGUUAUUAAGGACUACAUCCUUCACCGUUUACAGUUAGAAGACGAGCUUAUAGCUAAGGAUGAACGAUUGAUACGACAAUAUUCUGAAGAAACCGAAAAAAUGAGAAAUCAGAUUGAGGAUCUGAAAAAAAGUGCACAGGUAUUCCAAGGAGCCAAGUGCAGCAUGUGUUCAAGACCGUUAGACCUGCCUGCUGUCCACUUUCUUUGUCAACAUUCAUUUCAUCAAUUAUGCUUUGAAAGYUACGCUGAAAAUGACAAUGAAUGUCCCAUAUGUGCUCCUGAAAACAGGAAAGUACUUGACAUAAUUCGAUCCCAAGACCAAACAAAAGAUCUUCACGAACAGUUCCACCAUCAGUUGGAGCGAGCAUCUGAUGGGUUUUCAGUGGUUGCUGACUAUUUUGGUCGAGGAGUUUUCAAUAAGGUUACUUUGGUUAACAGCAGCCAAAGACGCGGCUCGGCGCCUCACAUGACCGCAGAAGAUCGUCGUUCUCAUCUUUUACAUUGAGACCAMAAAAUUAUGUGGACAAUCAYRAAUAUUCCGAUCRUCAGUGACCGUUGUUUAUAGAUSAAUAUUCCAAAUGAAACUUCAUGGGGUUCCGAAAAAGUACUAAGAGUAAAAAAAAUCGAUAUGUAAAUUAUGAUUUUAAUAAAUAAAUAAAUAUCUUUAAAGGA